AUGGUCAGUGAGCAAGAGGAAAAAGGGACACUCCUUUUGGGCCCGGAGUAUAGAUGGCAAGACGAAGAUAAAACCACCGCCACCACCACCACCAGCGCCAUCACUACCACAAUCAACACCAUCACCGCCGCCACCACCACCGCCGCCGCCGACACCAUCACCACCACCGCCGACACCACCACCAUCACCACCACUCCUUGA